AUGUAUGCCCAAGAACGAAGACUAACACUCAGAAAAUGGGGAAAACAUUUUGAUGUAGUAUUGAGAGCAGUACGAGAGGUCAAAUCAACACCUUUGACCAAAGAUUCAGCUAAAACUAUGGAAAGACAAGAGGGCUUGAAUGUAUGGGCUUUAAUCUGUAGGAAUUGGCAUAUCGAGAACACAUAUUUUAUGGUAUAUGAUCGAUCUCGCAAAAUGGGAAAUCAAUGUCAUGAUAAGCUCCUCGUGAAAAUCAAGCUGCUCGGGAAAAUAUCUGAACCAAUUAUAGCCGUUUGGCGAAGCGUGACGAGUAAAGCGAUGAUCACGCGUCAGAAUCAGGGUAUGAUUUACAUUGGCAACUUGAAUUUAAGGCAACAAUUGGCGAUGAAUUGCGUAGCUUGUCAUAUCGCUUCGGUCUAA